AUGAACGAAGUCCUACUCAACACGUACCACUAUUCCUGUCAGGCUGUCGUUGUUUUCGCACUGCCGCUUGGUGUGUGUGCAGUUAUGGCAAUUUGCCUCACAAAUUGGAUGGUGACACUGGAACAGUCUCCAAAAUAUCCCUAUGUUUUUGAACUUGCUCAAUCCGUCGCGGGCCUGCUUGUUGUCGUUGGGGAAUUGAUUGUCUCACGUCUUGUCCUCCUAGCCCCCCCAAUUACUCGUUUUAACCGAGACCUUGUCGAAGCAGAGGCUGGGGGUAGAGCCAUCUUUGAUCCAUUGCAUCAUAUCAAAUCGCACGAUUGUAAGCUGCUCGCAUUUACCCAGUACUUCGUCACAGCAUUCCGAGGCAAUCUGUAUCUAUUCAUUGUGUGUUUCCAAAUGGGCUCUAACAGGUUGCGUAGUCAGGACGUGGCACAUCUUCUGAACAUUUCCACGGGCUUACUCGCGGCCUUUAUCACGGCGCUAAUGACCUCUCUGCCGGUUGUUCUGUUAACCCACCGCUGGCGUGUCUGGAAUAUAACCGUCUGCGACUUUCACCCACAAAAGCCUCAGAUCCUCUUUCUGUGGUUGAACUAUCACCGUGUUCUUCUGUGCGACAGUCUAAUCGCCUUCUCGCUUGUCUUCCUUCUCGAGAAAGUCGAAAGCGCAAGAAAUCGGAGCUUGAAGAAGACGCUAACUUACCUUCAAUUCACGCAUCCACGACACUCUUUCAUGUCCUUGCUCCUCGAAAACGUCGCUCGUAAGAUCAAACUUUCCCUUCAUAAAUUGUCUCCAGCGUCGUAUUACUGUUGUCACGUGGCCGCAUUUAGGGCAACGGUUGCUCUCGUGAAACUGAGCAUUGAUCUGUACACUCUCAGAAGCCGUUUAGUGCCGAGGCACUUCGUCCACAGUUGGAUGCUGAAGGCGACAAUCGACAACUUUGCCUGCUUGGUGGACUUGACCCUAUUAAUCCUGAUACCCAUCUGGUGGUACCGUAAGAGCACGAAAUUGCAGGGCCUCGUGGAACACCGGUUGGACAACACCUACCUGCAUGUAUGCCUCAGUCGCGGUUUGUAUCGAUCACCGAAGAGGACCUCUGAGGAGGACAAUGCUCCCAUCAAAGUGGUCGAUGACAUUGAGUCCGACGCGCUUCUGAGGGUCCAGGAGUUGAAGGAUCGGCUACUCGGACGAGUAGUCUUCAAGUCAUGGGAGUCCUCGACUGGUCCCUCACGCAUGUUCAGUCGACUCUUCGACGCAUCCAGGGUGGAGUCGCAAUUUAUGAAAGGCAUCAGUUAUUACCGCAAAGAUUCGUAA